AUGCCGAAAAAAGGAGGCCCCCAGAGAAGUGCACGGGAUAUCCAAACACCAGCCUCCGACCGAGAGAGCACUUCCCCUAAGCCAGAAACUUCUGCUGCAACCAAAGAUCCUGCAACCACAGCUCCUGCAACCACAGCUCCUGCAACCACAGCUCCUGCAACCAAGACUCCUGCAACCACAGCUCCUGCAACCACAGCUCCUGCAGCCACAGCUCCUGCAGCCACAGCUCCUGCAACCAUAGCUCCUGCGAACACGGGAAAAACCGCUCGAUUUAACCGAGAUCCUACCCGCCAAGAUGACUUUGCACCAGGAGAGAUCAGUGAUAAUCAUGAUUCAAACGACGAAACCGAUUCCGAUCUUGAAAAUGAAUCUGAUCAGGAUGCUCCCAUUGAACACCGGCCAAAUGAUGUAGGCCGCUGGGUGAAAGAUCUUAUUAGAUCCAAGGCAGCAGGAACUUCUGUAAAAGGAAUCGAGCAAUACUUUAUAGAGGGCGGGCUCAACAAUCCUACUCUCGAUGAAGAAUGUAUAGCAUUCUUCCAAGGGCUCAACCAGGAAAUCCGAGCAGCCAAUGAGAAACAUGAUGCCAUUGACUUAGACAAUGGUGUGAUUAAUGAGAGGUAUUAUGUUGACAUGUGUCGCACCUGGCAAGCGGCACAUGAUAAGGCCAAAUUCAAGAAUGACAUGGAGGGUGCCUGGGAUGCAUUCAAUAAGACCCAUGCCCUUAUAAGAAUGUUUAAUAAGCGACAUUAUCUCCCAAAGGGCUGGAAUAUCAGCCAAGCGUGGACGGCCAAUGAUUUGAAAUGCGAAAAUCCGAAAAUGAUAGAUGACAGUGACGACGCAGCUAGCCUAUCAGGCGCCGAGAAUCAGCAGGCCGGCACCCUUAAAAAUGAGUCCGAAUCUGAGGAUGAGGCAACGUAUCUUGAGGAACUACAAGAUCUUGAUGACUUGGAAGAUCUUGAUGCCUUGGAGGCAAGGACUAAGAACGAACAACGUCGAAUGUCGUCAGGAAAAGUACUAUAUUGGUGGCCUAAAGGUACUGGUUCUCAGACCUUCAUACGAUAUGGAGAUCGACAUACCCCAAUCUAUCGUAUUCGGGCUGGAUCCCACCAAAGCUAUAAUCGCCAUGAGGUGGAUUGCGUUCUGACUACAAAAACUCGUGGUAAUGUUAAGCGCAUUCGGAUGAGAAACGGGCUUGAAGAGGAAUAUUGGAAGUGGGACCGCAGGCAAAUCAAGAAUAUCCUUGGAGUUGGCUGGAAGCUCUCUGAGGAUGAUGAGAAUGAUCUGGAUCCCCUAGCCCUGCUGCGACCUGAGAAAGGUGUCAUCUAUCCGGAGACCCGAACACUAGUUAAAUGGAAAGACAACGUCCUUACUUUGGAGGGUAGAGCAUUCAUGCGCCGGGUCACUUCUGGCUCAGCUCUUGACGGCGACAGGGUGCUAUAUCAGAAAGCAUGCGAAAUGGAGAAUAGCUAUCGCAAAAUACAUGGGCUAGAUGAAUUCGAAAGUGACAACGAUGGUGGAUUCAUUGAGGAAGUACGGCCAAGGAGGAAUACUAGGCGCCAAAAGGACCAGACAUCGAGUGAGGAUGACACGGACAGUGAUCAUUCUUUCCGGCCAUCCUACAAUCGAGGUAGGAAGCAGAGCGAAUCAGGUCGCCGAAGGUCAGCUCAGCCGAAGCGGGCAAAUGAUGAGAAGAUUCGGAGUCUUGAACGACAACUUCGUCAAUUGAGAAUGGACAACCCUGUUUCUCCACACCGCAGCCACGCCAAGCCUCGACGACGUGAACGCACAGCAUGA